AUGGCUGGGCUAAUCGUGGUGCUGCUGGGUAUGGCUAUGCCACUGGCUUCUGCUGAGCAUGACUAUGGGAAGGCUCUUAGCAAGAGCAUUUUGUUCUUUGAGGCCCAGAGGUCCGGGUACUUGCCCGGCAACCAGAGAGUGAAGUGGAGAGCCAAUUCUGGGCUGCUUGAUGGCAAGGCUAAUGGGGUUGAUCUUGUUGGAGGAUAUUAUGAUGCCGGAGAUAAUGUGAAAUUUGGCCUUCCUAUGGCCUUCACCAUCACCAUGAUGUCCUGGAGCAUAGUCGAGUACGGCAAGCAGAUGGCUGCAAGCGGGGAGCUUGGUCAUGCCAUGGAGGCCGUCAAGUGGGGCACUGACUACCUCAUCAAAGCCCACUCAGAACCUUUUGUCCUCUAUGGAGAGGUGGGUGAUGGAAACACAGACCACUUCUGCUGGCAGCGGCCGGAGGACAUGACGACGAGCCGGCUGGCCUACCGCAUCGACGUCAACCAUCCCGGUUCGGACCUUGCCGGGGAGACGGCGGCGGCGAUGGCUGCAGCUUCCAUGGUGUUCCGGCACUCGAACCCAGCUUAUUCAUGUCAGCUUCUCAGCCACGCGAAACAGCUCUUCGAGUUUGCCGACAAGUACAGGGGGAAGUACGACAGCAGCAUCACGGUGGCCCGGAGGUACUACCGAUCCUACAGCGGGUACGGGGAUGAGUUGCUGUGGGCAGCGGCGUGGCUGUACCAUGCGACCCACAACCGCUGCUACAUGGACUAUCUGGCUAAUAACGGUGGCUCACUCGGUGGGACGGGGUGGGCCGUGACCGAGUUCGGUUGGGACGUCAAAUACGCCGGUGUUCAAGUCCUCGCGGCUAAGUUUCUCCUACAAGGGAAGGAAGCUCAACAUGCACCAGUGCUGGGGAAGUACCAACAGAAGGCAGAGUACUUCCUCUGCUCCUGCCUUGGCAAGGGAGCACACAACGUUCAGAGGACCACCGGAGGCCUAUUGUUCCGGCAGCGGUGGAACAACAUGCAAUUCGUCACCAACGCCGCCUUCCUACUCACCAUCUACUCCGAUUAUAUCGCAUCUGCCGGAAGAAACGUAGCCUGUGCCGCUGGAACCGCAUCGCCUGCUGAGCUUCUUUUGUUCGCCAAGUCUCAGGUGGAUUACAUACUAGGAGACAAUCCAAGAGGCACCAGCUAUAUGGUUGGCUAUGGGAAGUCUUACCCCCGACAGGUCCACCAUCGUGCCUCCUCGAUUGUCUCCAUUAAGGCCGAUCCCUCGUUUGUGAGCUGCAGAGAAGGCUACGACACAUGGUAUAGCCGAAAGGCUCAAGAUCCCAACAUCCUCGAUGGUGCCAUAGUCGGCGGCCCUGAUGUCUACGACGACUUCGCCGACGAAAGGGACAACUACGAACAAACAGAGCCCACGACCUACAACAAUGCGCCCAUGCUUGGCGUAUUGGCUCGGCUUCACGCUGGCCAUAGUGGCUACAACCAGCUCUUACCAGUCGUGCUCUCUAUCCCUGGCGUACCUGUCAAGAACAAAGACGUGACUGCACUCUCUCCGCCAUUCACAAUUGAGCAGAAGGCAACCACGUCAUGGGAGUCCAAGGGAAGGAUUUAUUAUAGGUACUCCACAGUGGUGACUAACAAAUCAUCAAAGAUUGCAAAGGAACUCGUUAUCUCAAUAUCGAAACUCUAUGGACCUGUCUGGGGACUCGGCAAGUCCGGCAACGAUUACACAUUCCCGGCAUGGCUGGACUCUCUCCCGGCAGGGAAAAGCUUCGAGUUUGUCUACAUUCACUCGGCUUCUCCAGCUGACAUCAUAGUUUCAGGCUACACAUUCGUGUGA